AUGAGCUCCAAAGUCUCCUUCACUGUUCGUCGCCCAACGCCCGUAUCACGGGCAACUUCCUCAGGGCCCGACUCCGACGCAGGAUCGUCCUUCAGAGUGCCGUCGAUCCCCCGCCAUCUCACCAACACCAACGGUGACUCUGCACUCGGUAGCCCUCUCGCACGAAGCGAAACCUCCUCUCCUCACCCCGACGCCCAGUAUGACUCCAGUGACGAGGACAGCGUCGUCGAGGACGAGCUUGUGACGGGAUUUGAUAAAUUCGGGGUUCAGCGGUGUGUUUCUUCCGUUCCUCGCAGGUUGCAGUUGUUUCAACUCACAAAAGCCCCACACGAUGGCAGGAAAAAUGGGAUUGUGAAGAAGGUUGACAAGCCGCUCGUUAUACCUGCUUUGAAGAAUAAGGACUGGAGGGCCCUUGCUCGCAAGCGCCGAUCUGCGGCUCAGUAUGUGCCCACGUCUGCUGCUGCCCCGACUGGCGCAGACGGGAGUGUUGGCGGCCUGGGCACCAGAGAUACAAUUAACUCUGGCCCUGUUCUCUCUGGACUACAACUCAAAAAGAAGCUCGUUAAGACUGAAGAAGAUGACACUGUCAUGCAAGAGGCGACAGAGGAUGUCGAGAUGCAAGCUGUCGAGGAAGAAACAGAAGACCAAAAGGCCCUCCGAGCAAUUCUUGCCGCGGCCAGUGGAGAAACUCAACAGGAAGGGCCUGUAAUCGACAUUAUACCAACUCCCAUCUCUGAAGCUGACGCUCUGAAGCAAGACGUCGACGAGCUUCCCGAUGUCGCUACCCUCGAAGACUAUGCCCGUGUUCCGGUAUCUCAAUUCGGUGCAGCCCUCUUACGAGGAAUGGGUUGGAAAGAAGGCACUGCUGCCUCUCGCAAACCGGGCAAAGGCAUCGUCGAGCCUUACCUACCAACCGCACGUCCUGCGCUCCUGGGAAUUGGUGCGAAGGAGCAAGAGAUUUACGACGACGGAAGCAAGAAGGGGAAAGGCAACAGACGGGCGAACCAGAUAUACGUCCCUGUGUCAAGGCAAGAGCGCCCUGACAGUCGGAAUGGGUCAUCGCGUGAGGGCAGAGAUCGCUCGCGCUCACCCCGACGCUCAGCUGUCUCGUCAAGGCGGGCUUCUCCUGACCGCCACGGAGGGCGUAGCGAGAGGAACGGAGACGGUUCUCGAUACGACAGUGAUCGUGACAGAGAAAGGGACAGGGAGAGACGAAGAGAUGGCGAUAGAGAUCGAAACAGAGAUCAAGAUACCAGUCGGCGCCGGGAUGAGAAACGAAGAGAUGAUGACAGGGAUAGGCACCGCGACGACAAACGGCGAGGCGAUCGUGACGAACGCCAAAGGCCAGACCGUAAGAGAGACCGUUCUUGA